AUUCAAAUGAGCGAAUCGAUACCAGACCGAUAUAUUGUUUUGAAACCUUCUAUAACAACGUUCUAUUCAUUUCUGUUCGAACCUCAAGUCAGACGCAUACGCCGUUUUAACGUGGCUAACACAAAUAAGGUGCACAAAACAAGAGCUAUGAGGAAGCUAUAGACAGAAGCCAUCUGCCGACCAACUCUUUGUUCGUUUGUAUCAACUUAAUUAUAAAGAGGGAUUUUAUUGCAUCUUACCUGUGCAUUGAAAAGAUCCGACCACUCUCGGAAAGCAAUUGGACACUAGAAGGAAAAACGCUCGGAAGAACCACAACUAACAAGAAUUGAUGACAGCUGAGGAAGUCCUGCAGAAAAAAACUCACCCACUAGAAGAAAAAUACUGACGGGAUAUCCUUCUGAUGUAUGAUACACCAUCGCUAAAGACUGCUCAAAUACCAUAGUCAGUUGCUCUGUGGCUUAUCUCUCAACAACGUUUGCUUAUUCUAUCGUCUUGAACUGAAAAAUUCAUUAACAAAUAUGAAAUCACUGACUAUUGUUGUCACGGCUGUGUUGCUGUGUUACAAAAUACACACCGUCGAAAGUGAACCUCGUUUCACGAACGAACCAACGGAUUAUCGCGUUUUGAUGAACAAUUUCAGGGGUUUACGAAGCACGGUAGUGGGGGCAAUAGAUCCAAAGUAUCAAUGGUAUCACAAUGGAAGCAAUAUCGACAAGAAUACGAUGCUGUCAUUAGGGCCCAGAUUAAUACUCCUACAACAAUCAUUAGCAAUGCAAGGAGUAUACCAGUUGUUUGUUACAGCACAAAUAGGAAAGUUUUUUGGGCGCGAAAUUAAAGUGGAGUUCAUGGUUGCUGGCAGCUUUUUCAACGACAACGAUCAAACACUUAAUGUUACUGUCGGACAACAACUAACAAUAGAUUGUCCACCUCAUGGCUACACCAAGUAUGCCAUUUACAAAUGGGGUGGACUCACUGCUUGGGGGACAUGGCUCUUUUCCGACGUCGAGAACGCAUUGGUCAUGGGAGAUGGUAGACUGUUUUUUUCUCACGUCACCAAAGCUAAUCUAGCAUCCAUUCAACAAAACCGUGGCAUAAGAUGCCUGAUCGAAGCCAACGAAGGCGGCUCAAGCUUAAACUUUCAAAAGUCUGGAGUUUUUAGAUUCAAAACUACAGGAGAGAACAUCACCUCGUUUGGUCCUGACGUUCAAAAAAUCCCAAACCAAGAAGUUGCCCGGGGAGAUAUAGUAAAAUUAAGAUGUGUUGCCGCUGGAUAUCCAACUCCAAAGUAUCGUUGGGAGAAGACGGAUUUGCAGGGUAAAAAGAGCCAAGUGUUUCAUCAAAUUGACGGCGUCGCUCUUUUGGAAUACAACAGAGUAUUGUUGAUUGAAAACGUGAAGUCUCGUAACGCGGGAAAUUACACGUGUCACGUGACCAUUGACGAAAAUAAUAUCAAGAGAACUGCGUCAGAGGAAACAAAAAUUGUCGUUAGAGAACCGCCUACGUUUGUCAAAACAAUAGUCAGCAGUAAGCCGAACAUUUUUUCUCGGCAUACUUGGAGUUGUUUGACCAAAGGUGAUCCGGACCCAACGCUCCAAUGGUAUGCCAAUACAACCGCUAUGAGCAAUGUGAGCAACCGUUACACCAUCGAAAACGGAACACUAACGAUUCAUAGUGUUGAACCCAGUGAUAACGGAAUGUAUCAAUGUGUUGCGAAGAAUGCUUUUGGUUUUGCAUAUCAGACAGUGUCGCUUCAAGUUCGAGUGAAGCCUCCAGAUAUCACAUCAGAUUUGAUAGCAAAGGAUUUUACUGUGGGUAACACUGGUCAGAUCUCGUGUAUAUCGGAAGCCAUUCCGCGAGCAAAACAUGAUUGGUUUUUCAAAGGAGAAAAGUUGGAAAUAAACAAAACGACAAAAUAUGAUCUCAAAGAUGAUCAAGACUUGCUCGUGCAUAAUCUAUCCCACAACGACAGCGGGAUCUAUGCUUGUAUUGCGAGUAAUAUGUUUGGCAGUGUCAGUAAAGACAUGUUUAUUAAAGUCGCGGAAAUUGUUUUCAUCAAGCGACCAGAAAACAAGACUGAUUUGAUGGAAGGAGAAAGUUUCUCAUUGCUUUGCGAAGCUAAUUCCGACCCACCGUUGAACAUUCGUUACAAAUGGCUUUACAACGGAGUCGAAAUUAUGAAAAGCAAUGCAUUAUGGGAUCUAACGAACAAAAAAUUAACCAUAUCAAAUGCGAAGAGCCAUGACAGUGGCGUCUACACCUGCAUUGCCUACAGCUCAAGCUCGGAGAAAAGAUCUAGCGCAAUUGUGAUAGUCCACGGACCGCCAGAAGCCCCGGAGAACCUACGACUUCACGGAACAUGCACAAACUUCACUGCAAACCUCACAUGGAUCAUUUCAUACCGUAAUCCAUUCAAGCCCUUGACGGGAAUCCAAUUGCAGUGGGGUAUUAUAUCACAUGACACGAUUACAUGGUACAACGCAUCAGAUCACGUGCAAGGCAACGCAGAAGGCCAUAUCUUGAAAGGACUGAAACCUUACGCAGAGAUAGUAUUCCGAGCGUUUGCCGAGAACGUAGACGGACAAAGCGAGUCAAGUAAUGUCACUAAAGGACCAACGUGCAAAACUCCAGCUGAGAAGCCUUCGUUCUGUCCCAUUAUUGUGAAUGGAAGCUCAACACGUCCUCAUGACAUUAGAGUAACAUGGCAGGAAGUUCCAAAACUGUAUCAAAACGGCCCGGGAUUCGGUUAUGUAUUUCAAUACCGAAAAUCUGGUAGUCAAAUGUGGCGGCAAGAAGUUCUUCCAGUUGGCAGUGCCCCGGAGUUUACCAUCAACAAUACAGCUCCGUUAGAGUUGUGGGUAUUUCGCGUACUAACUUACAAUAGUGAAGGAACAAGUGGUGAAUGUCCUAUUGCACAGGCGCGUUCGGGAAAGCAAGCGAUGAUAAUCUUCACAAAACGACCUCAGAACAAGACAGAUGUGAAGAAAGGAGAAAGCUUCUCACUAGAAUGUGAAGCUUACUCCAAGCCAGAUCUACCUAUCCAAUAUAAAUGGUUUCACAAUGGAAAAGAUUUGGGAAAAAGCAAUCAAACCUUAAAUGUGACUUCAUCUCAACUACAAGACAGCGGAGAAUAUAAAUGUCGAGCGUUUGUCAAGACGAACAUUUACAAUACAGGAAAAACUUCAACGGCCCUCGUCAUUGUAAACGGUCCUCCAGAUGCUCCACAAAAUUUAAACAUCAAUGGAGGAUGUCGAAACUUAACUGCUAAUCUUACUUGGACAUUGUAUCUCAACUCUUAUCACACUGUGGACAGAGUCUUCAUCCAGUGGAGUACGAUGGAAAAUAUGACUAUGUGGUACAAUGUAACGGACAACAUGACUGUAAGUGGAAACAUAGAAAGUCGUAUCGUGAAGGGACUGAAUCCUUACACAGACAUAGUUUUUCGAGUGUUUGCUGAGAACGUUUAUGGAUUGAGCGAGCCAAGUAAUUACACAAAAGGACAAACGUGCAAAACCCCAGCUGACAAGCCUUCGUUCUGUCCCAUUGAUGUUAAAGGAAGCUCAACGAAUCCUCGCAACAUCAGAGUAACUUGGAAGGACGUCCCAAAACUGCAUCAAAACGGCCCAGGAUUUGGUUAUAUAUUUCAAUACAGAAAACCUGGACGUCAAAUGUGGCUUGAAAAAGUUUUACCAUUUGGUAACGCCCCGGAGUUUACCAUCAACAGCACUUCUGCGUUAGAGUUGUGGGAAUUUCGCGUACUAACUUACAAUAGCGAAGGUGGAAGUGGUGAAUGUCCUACAGCGCAGGCGCGCUCGGAAAGUGACGCAAUGAUCAUCUUUACAACACGACCUCAGAACAAAACAGAUGUGAAGAAAGGAGAAAGCUUCUCCCUAGAAUGUGAAGCUUACUCCAAGCCAGAUCUACCUAUCCAAUAUAAAUGGUUUCACAAUGGAAAAGACUUGAGAAAAAGCAAUCAAACAUUAAAUGUGACUUCAUCUCAACUACAAGACAGCGGAGAAUAUAAAUGUCGAGCGUUUGUCAAGACGAACAUUUACAAUACAGGAAAAUCUUCAACGGCCCUCGUCAUUGUAAACGGUCCUCCAGAUGCUCCACAAAAUUUAAACAUCAAUGGAGGAUGUCAAAACUUCACUGCUAAUCUUACUUGGACAUUAUAUCUCAACUCUUAUCACACUGUGGACAGAGUCUUCAUCCAGUGGAGUGCGAUGGAAAAUAUGACUAUGUGGUACAAUGUAACGGACAACAUGACUGUAAGUGGAAACCUAGAAGGUCGUAUCGUGAAGGGACUGAAUCCUUACACAGACAUAGUUUUUCGAGUGAUUGCUGAGAACGUUUAUGGAUUGAGCGAGCCAAGUAAUUACACAAAAGGACAAACGUGCAAAACCCCAGCUGAUAAACCGUCAGUUUGUCCUACUGGAGUCACUGCCUAUUCAGAAAUGGCGCAAACCCUUAAAAUUAAAUGGAAGGCAGUACCAAAGAUUUAUGAAAAUGGUCCAGGCUUUGGGUACAACGUGAGCUACCGAAUAACCGGAUCGAAGUGGAAACACAAAUUAGUUUAUGGAAAAGAGUACAUACUAAUGAACAUGAGCGUCGAUGAGCAGUGGCAAUUCAAGUGCAAAGCAUAA